UUCCAAGAGCCUUCAGCACCUCUUCCGACUUCCAUGGCAUUUCCACUUUGUAUAAACUAAAGUAGGUCAUCUUCUCCUCUCAGUUUAUUCCAUUUCUGUCUAUACAAAUGAAGGUGACUCCUCCGUCAUUGUUAUCCACGAUCAUGAGGAGCUUUGCUAUAAAACGACCAUUAAUGUUGAAGACACGAUCCUUGAAGGAUCAGCGAUCAAAACCAGAUUGGUUGCUUCAAGCUCAGACCAUUGGCCGUGCUAUAGGUCAACCCACUGAAACCUCUGAUGACAGCGAUCGAGCUCCCUCGUUUGGAUGUUUGGUAGGCGACAGAGGGAAUUCUGAAACCGCCAGUGUUAUUUUCAGUGAUGAUCCACCGCCGUCAUACUCCGACGUAGCUCGCCGAAAUGCAUCUCAUACCGAUGAAUCCAGCGUGGAUCGGAAUUUUCCUGAAGUAAAUUUUGAGGAUGGUAGUUCCACUGCUCUCUAUUUUGGGGAAAUUUAUCAGGAACAUGAUUUGGGGAGUUUCGAGCAUCCUGAAGAUGAGAAGCUGCCAGAGGUGUUGACAUCUACAGAUUUGUUCAACAUUUUUGAAGAUAUUUUUAAAGAGGAGCAGCCAAGAUUGGAUGAACUAGGAGAAGCUUUUGAUGUGUUUGAUGAGAACAAAGACGGGUUCAUUGAUGCAAGGGAGCUGCAGAGAACCCUUUUUGCUCUGGAAAUGAAGGAAAUAGCAGACAUUGAAGAUUGUAAGAAGAUGAUCAGAGCGUUUGAUGAAAACACCGAUGGUAGGAUAGAUUUUUAUGAGUUUGUGAAGCUGAUGGAAGCCACCUGCUCUUGAAUUCAAGUAUUCCAUUUGUUUAGGGUUUAUACCAUUAUAAGUAAAGAAAUUAUUGCUUUUCCCUUUUUGUCUUUCUGUUGACAGUUUGUCCACAGGAUUUCUGUAUUCAGUGAAAACAACUUUACC